AUCUUCUUUUUCUUCUUUUAAUUAUGAAUGAUAAUUUGGAGCGUCAAGGACUACUCGAAAAUGACCGCACUAGUGAAGAUAGCGUGGGUCUAACCCUACCUAAACCAGCCGACGACGAAUGGACUCGACUGAAGAAUCUCAUGAGACCAUUGUCAGCAGUGAUUUACAUGAGUAUUCUAGUAGGAUUGAAUGACGGAAAUCUUGGAAUGGUCAUUCCCCAAUUCAAAAAAUUCUAUAAUAUUCCGGACGAAGCAGUCGCUACUCUUUUCUUGUACUGCUCCGGAGGAUUUCUAUUGAGCGCAUCAGUUAAUGGAUAUUUGGUCAAGACUAUUGGACAGCGUGCAACACUUUAUCUCGGAUCCGUUACUGUUCUGUUGGCAUAUGUAUUAAUUAUGCAAGGCUUUCCGUUCCAAUAUCUCGGAAUACUUAUGGUACUUCAAGGAGCAGGAGUUGCCCUGAUAGAUUCAGCCAUGAAUGUAAUUACAGCCAAUGUACCCUAUGCAACUGUCAUGCUUAAUGUUCUUCAUGCUGUCUAUGGCUUGGGUGCAAUGGUUAGUCCAAUUGUGGGUACAUGGAUUAUAGCACACGAUAUGUCAUGGAAAGGCAGUUACGUGUUCCUGAUAGGUGCAGCCAUCAUAAACCUGGUUCUGAUCACUGUCGGUUUCUACAAAGUACCAAUGGAAGAAGAAAAAACAGAAGACACAGAAGAAGGUCCGAUUAAAGAAGCUCUUUUGCACAAGAUGACAUUAACAGGUGCAUUCUACAUUCUCAUUUACGUUGGACUCGAGGUUACUUUGGGCAGCUGGGGAUACAUUUUCUUGACCGAAGGAAGAGGUGGAAACCCUGUACCGAUGGGGCAUGUUAUGUCCGGCUAUUGGCUUGGCUUGGCUACCGGGAGAAUUGUCCUUGGUUACAUUGCCAGCAAAUACGGAGAGAAGUACAUCAUUACUCUCUCCACCAUUCUGACCGCUGUUCUAUUGGUUGUGCUUGGUUACUUUAAAGACAUUGCCUUGGAUGCUACUGUCUUGAUUAUUAUUGGAUUUUUGCUCGGACCAAUGUUUCCCACUACGAUCGCUUUAGCUUCCAAGGUGUUACCAAGAUGGAUGCAUGCUUCCGCUAUUGGUUUUAUGGCAAGCCUUGGUGCUGGCGGUGCUGCAUUCUUCCCCUUUAUUACUGGUCAAAUAUCUGGGUCGUACGGAAUUCUUUCGCUGCCUUUGACGUGCCUCGCAAUGGCCUUUGUGAUGCAAUUUCUUUGGGUGUUUGUACCCUCCGAUCGGCCAAUGUUUCCUUGUCUUCAAAGGCCACAUGAUACCUAGAAAUGUCAUGGAUACACAAAUAAGAAAACUCUCUCAAGUGAACAAGUCAUUCAUUAUUC